AUGGCACCCCGCGCUGCACAUACACACGGGCACGCGAUUCCUCUUGGGGCAAAGCGACGCUUUCCGAUGUCUGCGACAAGCUCUGUUAUCGAUGUUGACGAGCAGGAGCUACUUUUACAGCCAGAGGAGCGCGAUGAUGAGGACGACACUAAGGCGGCUGAUGAGUACAGCCCAUGGCGUCAUCACUUUCGAUUGCUUCUGCUGGGAUAUCUAUCCUUCAUCUUUUUGAAACUCUCCCCAAAUAUGUUCAAUACGCUCCUCAGCCAGAUUUUGGAGGGUAUUCUAUGUCGGCAAUAUCAUGGAACCUCUGAUCCAACUUCUGACCCGCGCUGCAAGGAUGAGGACGUGCAAGGCGAAUUGUCCAUCAUUCUCAGCAUGAAGGCAACGUUUGAGCUUCUUCCGACUGUUAUUUUCAGUAUACCUUAUGGCCUUGCAGCAGAUGUGUAUGGUCGCAAGCCGGUUCUCAUAAUAGCUACACUGGGAUGCGUCUUGUACGGCUUGGCUGGUCUUGUCAUCUGUAGUGGAGAGUGGCCUGCCAUCUUCAUCUCGCUGGGAUUUCAAGUCCUUGGACUCAUCACCACCUUUUUUAUACCCGAAACUCUGGCUCUCAAGAACGAGCAACCUGAGGCUGGUAAUGUUCGUGGACAGACAACCUUUACUCAUAAAAUUCGCAAUGGUAGUCGAGACUUGCUAGCGAAAUCGUUCAAGUCUUUACGCGACAUUUUCUGGUCCGACUCUACAAUAACACUAUUCAUCUGCAGCUUGCUCUUUAUCGACGUUGGUGAAGAUAUCGGGUCAAUUAUCACGAAGCAGUAUGCGGCUAAACGGUUUCAUCUGAGUUGGCCAGAGGCUGGUGUUAUUACUUCGGUAAAAAGCUUCACCCAACUAGGGUUAUGUCUUAUUGCUCUGCCUUUUGCUCAAAGGGUGAUGCGGCGAUCCAACGUCCCAGCUAUCACUCAGGAUGUAUGGAUCGCUCGGACUUGCGUGGUUGUUCUGGUCAUUGCUUAUUGUCUGGCUGGCUUUGCCGACAAUCUCAUCGUGUUUGUCACAGCAAUUGUUUUGUCUGCAGUCAACUUCUGUCUGAACCCGGCCCUCCGAAGUCUUCUUCUGACUAUGGCACAUAGCGCUGGUGCCGGCGCUGUACUUUCGGCUGUGGAAGUGCUGAACGCGAUAGCCGCUGUUGUUUCAGGGCCGGUCAUGGCUGCUGGCUUUCGCCUCGGAAUGGAGUGGGGCGGUAAAUGGCUUGGUCUACACUGGUUCAUAGCCAUGCUCAUACUGUUACCUGGUGCUCUCAUCGUGGUCUGUAUGCGGUUCAACAAUGUUGGCCGAAGACAAGACACUCCCGAAGAUAUUGAGGAAGCCUGA